GCUCACAGUUUUUGGUUUCGGUUUCUGGUUAGUCAGGAUCUGCAGCUAAAAGGGCACAUGUGAAUUGCAUUGGUCGUUUGAUUAAAAUCUUGCCACUUUAGUGAUCUUGUAGGAUGAAAGCCAAUGGUACUUCACGGAAACUUGUAAAGUACAGAUUUGUAGGGUGUUUUCUCAAUGGAAGAAUAUCAUGAGCUCAUGAAAACUAGAUAUUCGGAGACCAUAGGACUCAUCACUUCUCUUCUGUCUACGAGUGUUUCUGGUUUUCUACAUGAUGUGACCCCUCUACUGCAAAGUAGCGUUUUGAUGGGUACUAUAUUUCAAUUGAUCUUGUAGCACUAGGCUGUGCCUUCAGUGUUUCACUGACUGCAAUUCCUUUAUAUAUAUUUAAAAUGGGAGCUUUUUACAGGUAGUCUUCUAUCCCGAAAAUGCUCCUGUGGAUCGUGGUGAAUAAAACCCACUUCUUGGAUACGUUAAUUGAUCUUACGUUAUGUAUUUGUCUUGAUGAGAUUUGAUACUACUUUGAGUAUAGGAAAUAAGUUUUUGAUCACUCCCUGGUAUGAUGAAGAGAAUAGCGGCUUGAGGUCAUUGAUUUGUUAAUCAGCGUUAAAGAGCUAAUCAAAGUAUAGGGGUGUUUGAAAAUAACUUUCGGGGUAGUUAGCGUCUUUUACAUGCACCCACUUAUCUUCGUUAGGCUAUUUUCAUAGUACAGCUGUCAUCGCUCGUAGUUCGUAGACUCAUCCACUGAAUCAAUGUACACUAAGAAUUUCGGGCUCUGCACUUGUAAUGCGUAUAGUUUUUUACCACAAAAUGUUUUUCACUAGCUGCACUGAAGUCCUACGUUAGUCACCUUAUUUUAAAGACCAGAAGAAUUACUUAACAAAACUGAUUGCCAGUCGUUGGACGAAAACUUCUGGUAUGGCCAGUAGAGGUACUCUAUGGGUCUUCAGUGAUUUCGUUUAGUCUUGACACUUACGGUAGAUUUGUUCAUAACAGAAUACUAAUGAGAUGUAUCCUUCACUUCGCAGGUGACAUCCCUGAGGAAACGGCUUUUUGUUUCGUAAGAUGCAAGUUUGUACUCUGGCAAAACCUAUAUGCACGACUUGUAACAGCAUGAAAUAAUCGACAGGUCUUCGCACAAAUUAUGGAACGGGCUCAUUAUUCUCAACUUCAUGGACCCAAUUACAAAUCACAUGAGGUCGUAUGAUCAUAAUUUUAUGAUGGGUUGCUCUCUGCUGUAGAAUACUGAGUACACAUCGAUUUCUUGCAUACAUAGUCCUGGGUGAUUCAUUGCCAGAUACGCUUGACAAUGAUAGAGCUGAGAUAUUCGGUUUUUGAUCACUUGACUUGUAGGUUCAAAUCUUUCUCCAACUGAUGAGGUUAUUUGUCAAAGGCGUUUACUCUAGGUAUCGAAUCUCUAAAAUACUCGAUAAUUAAGUGAUCUGAAAUACGUGGUGAGCCACUAAACGGAAUUUUACGCUUUUUAUAUCUUAAUUUAGCAUAGCUACUAUCCACAUUUAAGCUGUCUUGAACUCCGAUGGCUCAGUGGAGCUCAUAUGGAUCCUAUUGGCAAGGUGCAUAUCCAGCAUACUAUGAUUACAGUCCUGCUCAGACGUAUGAUUAUAAUCACCAGACCAUCCCUGUCUCGUCAACUCAAGACAACCCGUCCACACCCCCUCCGCCUGGAGUAGAGUCCACCGUUCCAGAACCAGUGGCAAGCCCUAUGUCAACGACCUAUGAUUCACUUUGGUCCCCUGGAGUCCCAUACCAAUCUCAAAAUUUCGAUGGCACCUAUCCUUAUCCCCCUGGAAUUCCACCACGCCAGCCACUUAUGUUCGAUAUGAAUCCACAGAGACCUUUGAUGCCGAACAUUCCAUAUCCCUAUGCUACAUCACAGUUCCCAGUGCAACCUCGACUUCAGUUAGGUAACUGGAACGCAACCAGACCUGCGUACGGUUAUCAGUUUAGCGGAAGUGCAGACCAUUCACUGGGCUUGUGGCUCGAUAAUAAGCCAUCUGCUUCGAAUGGUGUGGCAGUAACAGGUCCGCGGUUUCCAUUCAGAAAGAAUCCAGAUGCUCCUAAUUCAAUACCAAUUGAAAAUACUACAGAUACCAACCUAUGUGCACCGCUUUCAAAAGAGGCUUUACAGCAACCUCCUGCUAGCUUUCAAGAUAAAGGAGUGAAAGAACAAUGGAGCGAUGAGCUCAAGGAAUAUGUUCAGCGAGCGUUUUGCAGCAUUGAUACAAGUGAGGAGAAAGAUCAAAUGGAACGAAUUUUGAAGGAGAAAUUAGAGUACAUAUUUCGAAACAAUAUCAAGGUUGAUUGGAAGACGGAAAAUAUCCCAACUAUUCCCAGUCGUGCAAUCGCUAGUUUUCGUAAAUCUUUUGGCAUCAGAGGCAAUUCCAUCAAUGUUGUGCGACCUGUCCAACUUCCUGGGCCUCGUGGACUUCGCCCAACGGGUCCAUCAAGAGGAGCUCCUGCACGUCUACCUGUCGGGCUUCUGACUAGAGGUGGCCGCAGUAUAUUUUCAUCUUCAGUUGUUGAAAGUAAACCACAAUCCAAAAAGUUGCCAUCGAAAUCCCCUAGCCGUUCACCUAUCCUCAAACCUUUGAAAGAUUGGCAAAGAAAGCGUUCAUAUAGAUCCAGGUCUAGUUCGUCCUCGAAAUCACGUGGUUCUCGUCAUUCUUCAUCCUCAAGUAGUUUCAGGACAAAACGUCAGCGGCAUCGGGACUCUCGUUCGCGCUCUGGUUCCCGGCAUGCACUGCGGAAAAUGAAUGAUGUGAAGGAUUCUCAAAAAAGCACGCCGCAGCCAACAUCUAGAGGGAAUCCCAAGAGUAGACGACGAAGACGAGGUGGUCAACCAACCGCUGAAUCAAGUACCGACUUCAAUACCUCAAGUGAAGAUGCGACCGUUUUGAGGGGUCGAGGACGUGGUGGUAACUGGCGCGGCAAGCGUGGCAAUAUGGUUUCAAAGCCACCUGCUCCAACUGAAUCUCGUCUUUCACAGCGAGCUAGUCGGUUUAAGGAUCAUCUUUCUCAGUCACCUGCAAUUGGAUCUGGUUCCAUCGCACGAACAACAAGUCAACUGCUUUCUACUUACACUGACGAGCGUGAUGACUUGGUUGCUGAUUUUAGCAGUUGUCAAAUUGUUGGUACGAUGCAAGAAAUAGAAAAACAUUACUUAAGACUAACUAGGGCUCCUGAUCCAUCUGAAGUUCGACCCUUAGCUGUUUUAAAACUUUCCUUGGAACAUGUCAAGGAAAGGUGGAAUUCCAAUUCUGAUUAUCAAUGGGUCUGCGAGCAGUUCAAAAGUAUUCGGCAAGAUCUAACGGUACAAGGCAUUGAAGAUGACUUUGCUGUAUCUGUCUAUGAAGCUCACGCAGAUGCUGCUUUAGAAGCGGGAGAUUUUGAAGAGUUUCAUCAGUGCCAAAGUCAGCUGCUACGUCUUCAUAAAGAAGGUUUAGGAGUUGGUAGAUUGUUAGAGUUUACUGCCUAUCGACUUCUGUACUAUAUCUUUACUCUUGACAUUUUAGGUAUCAAUACCAUAAUGGCAGGUUUACGACCUACCCACAAGACAAAUCCGUGCGUGGCGUUUGCUUUGAAACUUCGGUCAGCAUGGUCGUUAAAUAAUUACCAUCGUUUCUUCCAACUUCUUUGUCCAACUAAUGAAGAGCGACAGCCUCCUUUGCGGUGCAAACACGUUGUUAACUGGUUUGUAGAUCGCGAGAGGAAAGAGGUUAUCAAGCUCGUCUUUAAGGUGUACGUUGUGUUGUAGUUCAUUGUAGUAUUAUGAUGCUUGUCGUUAGCAUCACUGCUCAUUGUUGUAUGUUUACACUUCCGUAGGAAUAGUUUAGCAUACUUAAUUAAAGUAGGUUAAAAUCUAUUUUAAUCAAGUAUGUGAUAUACCAUAAUCCGUUUUUUCGUAUUUUCUCCAUGAUGAAAGGUGAUUUGGUGGACUGUAUGACUAUAAUUGUCAAAUACUUCAUAUGUUCGCUUCCGAUUACUAUUGGGUUCUAAGUAGGGCUUUCGAAUUCAUAAGACAUUUGGACAUUCGAUCAGCGUAAAAAAUACAAUCAGCUUCUGACUGCAGGAUUUAAAUAACUUAUCAUGGUCUAGUAGUUUAUUUGUGCUUGUAAGCAGUUCCGUAAAGUAGUUGCAGCUUAAACAAAAUCCUGCAAUAAAUUUGAACAAAAACAGUGGUAACAGUGGCGAACAAUUUGACCUCAGGAUCCUACGUAAACAAAGUUUUCCGCCAAAACUUUCAUCAACUAGCGUAUUUUAUUCAGUCCAUCUACCAGUUUGUGGUUAGGAUUUAUUUUUUUUCUAAUUGUCUGCGAAUAAUUCCGAUACAGUUACACAUCAAAGUAUAUUGGUUUUGACUACUCAUGCUCCUCAGCAACAUAUUUCACUAGUUCACGUAGCUUUUAGUCAAUAUGCUGCAUGGGCUAGUGAAAUAUGUUACUGAAAAGCAUGUAGUCGAAACCAAUAUACUGUUGCGGUGUAUCUGUGUUGACUGGUUGUUUCCAGAUUAAGGUGCUGUUGGCAUACUAGGUAAAUAGGCAUAGGCUUAAUACGCUUGUUAACUUAUGAAUAGUUUGUACAUAUUCUAUGGCACACCUUUCCAGCAAACUUCGUCCAGUGGCUAUGUGAGCUAAGCUUAUCCUAGCGCGCUAGUGGCGUGGCCUCAAAAAGACAGAACUUCUGUCUUGUGCUCUAACAGGUAUUGGUCUUACUUGUUGCUGUGACUUCCUGACCAUCAGCUUCUUGCAUUUGGUAGUUUGUUUUGCAGUGAGAAACUGCGUAGACGGUUUCUAAGUAUGAUUUCAUAGGUUUCCUUUAGCAAGGUACAGUCUGUGUAAAGAAUUUCGCUACUACAUUCACCUUAAUAUAUUAUGCCACUGCUGGAUUAUUUCUAAGAAUUCCAACUAUCACUCAAUAUGCUCAUUUGAUGAAUUCGAAAAAAUGAAAUGUCGUCGUUAACAGGUUUACAGAACUAUUUGACUUCUAUUUGUUAUUGUUUAUUUUAUGCUGAAAGUCUUAGUUUUAUAUGCAGUUUUUGAAUGUAUAUGAUAAUCAGUUCUUAUCGUAGACUUUGUUUUCAUGUUCAUUUCAAAUCCAAAAAGUUUUCGCACUGUCUCCUAAACUAGUUGACUUUACAUACUCAGUACAUGUCUCCCAUUGUUUUUCUCCUGUAUAUUGAUGAUUUUGAUUUUUUUCUAUUUACCACCACCUACAAUUGUCGUUUGCGUGAAAUUUCUUGGUGCCUUCAACGUAUUCGCUUGUACUCAAUUUGGGUUCUUCCACUACCUACACUUGUUCAUUUUCUAAUACCUAUUUCGAUCACCGUCCUACUUUUUUCGUUAUUUCGAAAUAAUUUUGUUCAAAAUGUCUCUGCUAUUUUAGUUUCCGUCCCA